AUGGGCCUCUUUUAUGAUCACCUCAUCCUCCCCUCUGUGCUCGACCGUCCCAGCGUCCCGGCGCCAGGCAGCUUCGACAAGACCGCCAAGAUCUGGGACUGCAACACCGGGCAGGUGCUCCACACGCUGAAGGGGCACCAGACGGAGAUCGUGUGCGUGGCCUUCUCCCUGCAGGGCACGCUGGUCGCCACUGGCAGCAUGGACAACACCGCGAAGCUGUGGGACGUCGACUCGGGGCAGCUGGUCGGCACUGGACGGACGGCGGUCGCCUCGGACCAGAAUUGUGAGCACGACCCGGGGUGA